CAAACCUAUUUUAUUUCCGAUCAUAGACGAUCUUUGUUUCGUGUCAUUUCGGUCAGAUCAUUAUCAGUGACACAUGUUAUAGUUUCCGUGCGGUUACAAAAUCACCGGCAGCAUCUUUAAACUGUGGUUUAACAUUUUUAACAUUUUAUUUUGAAGAAGGUUUCCGGUGCUAACAGUUAGCUCCGAGGCUAACAGCUAGCUGCUCCGCUAACACGCGGUGUUUACAUCGGCUCUGCCCGGGUCAGGAAACUUCACCGAGCUCAGUUCAGUUUCAUUUCUGUACCGAGACAUUAGCAUGGCUGCUUGCGAGGAAACAGCCAGCUUGUCCACAGAGGAAGAGCUCCUAGUCCGGCAGGAGGAAGAGGAAGAAGAGGAGGAGGAUGACCUGGAGCUAGCAUUAGCAAACAUGAGAUUGGAAGACCUGCUGCAGAAGGUGCAGGCUGUGCAGACGGACAGCACGACCGUAGAGUCGGGCGUCAACACGGAGCCGGACUGGGAGAGUCAGGUGGAGGCCAUGUUGGAGUACAGCUCCAGCCUGAUGGAGCGGUACGACAGUCUGAUGAAGAAGCAGGACGAAGAAGGGGAGGCGCACGAGAAACACAAACAACAAGUGCUGAAGAAGAAGGAGGAGGCCACCCGCCAGCACCAGGCUCUUCUGGAGAAACUGGAGUCUCUGCGAGUCAAACUGCAGCUGAACGACUCGAAAGCCACGAGGAAGAACUUCUUAGUCAAGAAACAGGAAAUGACAUCAGAGAAGAACAGAGUUGAGGAGGAGAGGAACAGGCUGGCCAAGGAGCUGGAGGAAAGCGAGAGGAAGCUCACGGCUCUCACGGAGGAGCAGAGUGAGGAGCAGCGGAGGUGGCAGGAGGAGCUGGACGAGCUGAGGCAGGAGAUGGAGCGAGUGAGGAAGGAGGCACAGGAAGCCGAGCUGCUGGCCUUAAAGGAUGAGAUCGUCGCCACGGAGAAGCAGAGGGACGUCGCCAUGGCUCGCAUCGAGGCCUGGCUCAGUGAGGUGCGUCAGUACCUGAACACUCUCCGGGUGGAGUUCCCUCAGCAGUACCCUCACGAGAGGCAGAAGUGGGAGAAGAAGGAAGGUCUAGUCCGGAGGAGCCGGGAGGAGCUCCAGAGCCGCUUCCAGGAGGUUCUGCAGCAGCUGCAGCAGGGCCGUGAGUUAGAGUCCCUGCCCAGGAUUAACAUGCCGUCCCUGCCGCAGCUCCCCAUGGCUGACCUGCGAUUCAACCAAGUGAUGCAGUCACUGGUCCGCCCCCAGUUCAUGCCCCCUCCUCCCACAGUUCCAAUGAACCGACCCCUCCAUCCCCCGAGACACCCACACUUUUAUCAGCAGUACCAGCCUCCUCACCACCCCCAAUACCGCCACCACUACACACACCGCCCACCACCACCCAUACAACAGUUCCAGCCCCCCCUCCCACCCCAGCACCAGCCUCACUUCCAGCCUCACAUCAGAGCUCAGAUGAGGGUGACUCCGCCUCCCAGUCUCUCCCCGUCCCCUCCUGUUCAGCCCAUCUACCCUGUAGCUCCAUCCCCGCCUGCCCCCGCCGCUGCUGCCGCCGCUCCCUCUCCCACUCCUGCCACCUCUGCCCCUGCUGGCAAACUCGACAAAGUCCUGGAGAAGCUCGGAACCUGCUUCCCACAAUGCAACAAGGCUCAGCUGACCUCGCUGCUCCAGCAGGUGAAGAGCUCCCGCGGCACGCUGUCUGGCAUGUCCAUGGAGGAGCUCAUCGAGCAGGUCGGCUUCAAGCUGAUGCAAAAUGAGCGGUCGGCCCCGGGGCCCAUCAGCCGGCCCACGCCCCCCGGCCCCAUCCAGAGGCCAACACCUCCCCCACAGAGAGCGCCAGCAGCGGCGGCGGCAGGUGGAGGUCAACCUGUCGGGGCUCGUAAACUGUGCCUCAUGUGUCAGAACCACGUGGAUCCAGAGAGCCGCCACCCGCUGAGCUGCUCACACACCAUCCACAGAGACUGCAUCAGAGUGUGGCUGCAGUCCAGCAAGAACAACUCGUGCCCCUUCUGCCCGGGGAAGUGACGCAGGAAACGCCAACCAGACUCUGAUCAGGGCCACCACAGAGAUGACUCUGAUUGGCUCAACACGUGGGUUCUCUCUAAAAUACAACCUUCAGUAAAGAGAAAGAAGGAUAUGAUUUAUCAUGUUGCAGCAGUGGAGAGCAAGCUGGCAACAUACUUUUUUCAAUACCUUAGUUUGAGUAAUAUGAUUUUCUACAUUUUUUUUGUUUACCAGAACCAAUGUUUUUGAUGCGUUGUUGUUUAUUGUUUGUUUUACUGUUCAUGUUACAUGGAGCCAAAAGAACUGCCAAAAUAAAACUGUCUGAAACUUAAA